ACCCUCGGUUAGUUGACUCGCGCCGGUCCGUAGAUGUUUUCUGCAGGAACUGUGUCGAUUUGAAGUCAUUUUAAAAAUAUAUACGCUUCUGACCGGCGGAGAUCAGCAUUAAUUCGGCUAAAUUUCAUUUUUGGAAAUGAGUAAGGUUGCUAAUCAGGUGCGAAGUUGUAGUUAGUGUGAAUUGUAAGCUAUGCUAAUGGCUGCUGGCUGCACGUGCACGAUAAGUCAUGUAGCUCGUUAGCUAAAAACGAAUAAAAAUGGAGCGUACUGACUAAAAUGUUUCAUAUAAAUUCGCAUUAGAAGCAGGUAAUUUAAUCAUUUCUGGUGUAGUUUUCAUUCAAAGUGUUCUGUCGUGUGUUGUAUCGUGUUUAGUGGCAAGAGCACCUUAUUUUAUAAAGUUGUGUUUGUAUUAUAAUUGUUUCUUGGUGUAACAAUAACAUUUCUUCAUAACUGUGGAGGUAAUAUUUACGUUACCUUAUGUGGCCACGCCCCCUUUUGAUCCUCAGACAAGAGCUUAUUUCAGGAUUGACAGCUGUCACUUAUGUGGCCACGCCCCCUUUUGAUCCUCAAGCAAGAGCUUAUUUCAGGAUUGACAUCUGUCACUUAUGUGGCCCCGCCCCCUUUUGAUCUUCAGGCACAGGAACACAGCAUGGCCUCCUAUGAGCAUCAGUGCUCCUGCUGUGCUCACCGCUCGACCCCAAGCGUCCAUCAAUCUCUAGAUGAAAUGGACUUUGAGAGAGGCAUAUGGUCAGCAGCUCUGGAUGGGGAUUUGGAGAGAGUCCAGUCAUUUUUGAAAAAAGGAACAGAUCCGAACACGAAGGACCAGGCUGGAUACACCGCUUUGCACUAUGCCAGUCGAGCAGCUCACCAGUCAGUCUGUGAGCUUCUCCUGGAUCAUGGCGCCUGUGCCAAUUCUCAGACACGCGGUGGCGCCACAGCUCUGCACAGAGCCACCUACUGUGGCCACAUGAGCAUCGUCAAGCUGCUGCUGAACCACAGAGCUGAUCCUUGCUUAACCGAUGAUGAUGGUUCGACACCUUUGCAUAAGGCUGCUGAGCAGGGCCAUCUGGAGAUGUGUGUGUUGUUAUUGAGCAAAUAUCCUGUGCUGAAAACCAUAAAAGAUAAAAAAUCACGCUUACCUGUAGAUCUUGGCCCAGACAACAAGACCUUCCUAGAGUUACUGAAGCCUCCACAAUGAUCACCGCCGUGAUUUCCUGAACGAGCCCUGAACCAUUGAAAGUGCUGCACAAGCUAAAAGACUUUCUUCAGAUUUUGGCUUUAUUUCAAUCUUUUGAAUGCCAUCCAUCCUCUUCCACAUUACCAUCAUCAUCCCCAAGGUCAUCUACACCCUCAUCUUCAUUUCCUUCCUCAUCCCUAUCCCCAUUCUCCCUCUAUCCUCAUCAACAUUAGCAUCAUCAUCAUCAUCAUCAUCUCCAAGCUCAUGCACCUUUAUCCCCAUUCCCAUCUUUAACUCUAUUCUCAUCCCCAUCCUUACCAUCAGUAUCAUUAUCCUUAUCUCCGAUCUCAACCCAUUCUUAUCAACAGCCCCAUCUUCACCUCCCUUCUCACUCCCUUCUCACCUAUUCGCAUCUCCAUUUUCAUACAAUCCUCAUCCUCAUAUCUAUCUUCAUCAUAUCCAUCCUCAUUUUCAGCUUCUUUCCCGUCCUUAUCCCUAUCCUUACUCCAUCCUCAAUCUCAUCCUGACCAGAAUUCUCAUCCCUGGCAUUGUUUUUUAUCCCCAGCUUUAUUUUUUACAAAGCUUUAUCCCUAACUCUGACAUUAUCCCUUACACCAUCUUCAUCUCCAUCCUCAUCCCCAUCAUCUCUCUUCUCCUCUGCUUCCACAACCUUAGAAUACUCUUUGCUCUGCUGACACAGGUUAUACUAAGCGCUAUAGAUGAGGUGAAUUAUAUUUCACAGCAGCUGAAACGUUUAUGUGAUGAUGCAGGAGGCUCAACUGUCAUGUAUUAUCAUGUAACUAUCACGUUCUACUGACAGCAUUGCAGUGCCACAAGUAUUAGUGCUCAAGUUGUCAGCAGAUGGCACCAUUGACCAGCCCAGUGCUUCUGUGACGUUCUGACCAUUUCUGUUCUGCCUCAUCAUUAGUCAUCUGAAUCAUCAUGGUGAAGUUCUACAUUUAUACACUUCUGCUUGUGUAUAUAUAUACACAUAUAUAUGUGUAUAUAUAUAUAUAUAUAUACACACACACACACAAAACCUACAUUUCUAGCCUCUUAUAAUCCUCUUAGGUAUCAAUAAUCUGUUAAUGGAAGUAAUACCAUAUUUUUUAACAUAAUAAAUAAUAGGUAUUCUAAACAGAGAUAUUUCUAUUUAUUAUAAUAAACCGUAUUUUCAAGUUGUACGACAUGUCGUGCUUAGAAUGUUUACUGCAUAAAGAAAUAAUGCAAUAAGUUUUU